AUGUCGUGGUUCCGCAUGCCAGAGGCUGGAGGCGGACCCGAAGCAUCUUCGAGCUCCAAUCGCUUCGGGAGGGUCUUGUCGGACCUCGCAAGUGCAGGCCGCGAGGUUCGACGCGUCGCCCAAGAGACACGAGAUGCGAUGGUUCUUCUCCGCCACACAGCCAAGCACGGCGAACAGGCUGGUGCUGGCUACUUCCCGGAGGUCCUCUCAGAUGCAUCAACUGUGCAGGUUGAGGUGAUCGCAGCUGCAGAUUUGUCAAUGGGCUCCAAGUCGCUUCCCGUACCCUACUGCGCACUCGCAACCGGCUAUCGAGGGCAGCCUUGGGCAGCAAAAGCUUCCGGAAAACCGGAGUGCAACACGUCCCCUGCGCUUCGCCAAAGGCAUCCUCGUUGGAAUGCGCUUUGCAAGCUCCAGCUGCCCAAAGCGUAUGUGUCACCUUCUCGCGUGGAGUUUUGCAAAGACGACUCUGCACCACAAGAGAUAGAGCUCUCCGUUCGAGUCAUGGAUGCGGGUGGCUUGCGGGGUGACAGAAUGGCCGGAGAAGCGCGUAUUCCUCUGAGCUGCGCGCGUGGCGCCGGGACGUUCCGGCUCUUGGGUGGGGGCUACGCCAGCCUCUCCGUUCGCUGGUUCGAGCCCGGAGGUCUCGGGGCUUCGCAGGAGCCGUCAGAGCCUUCAAACUUUGCGGAGUUCGAAGAGGCCUUGUGCUUUUGGUCCAGGCAGGACUUGGCGACUCCGGCGGGAGUUCAAAGGGCCCAGAGCGAGCUCCAGACAAAGCUCGCGGCGGCUGACCGGAAACUCGUGAACGAGCUGCUCCUGCAAACGCCUCUGUCUUUGGUCCUGUCCGACGACGAGGCAUCCUCCUUCUCAGGCAGCCAGUCGCUACUCCGAGUUCUCUCGGAGCAUCUCCAGUCGCAGAGCCUCUCACCCUUGGCCAGCAGCCGUCUCAUAGGUGCUCUGGUGGAGAAGCUCUCGGUUCCUCGCCCCGGUGUCGGUCCGGGCCAGGAGGUGUCGGAUCUCGAGUUCGCAGAACAGCUUGCGGUGCAAGAGGCGGUCCUGUGCAAACUGAUCCUCCGCAGCGAAAACAAGGAGCUCCUGGAGCUGAAACGUCUAGUCGAUGCUGCUGGCGGCGGUCGCGAUCUCCGUCACCUCAUCUACUCGGUCAUUUCUGAUCAGGUCAGACGGGAGUCGCUGCUUCAGCACUUCGUGGACCAAGCUGCGGAGCUGCAGCCGCAUCAGCUGCCGGUGCACAUUUUGUCUGACAUUGACAUGACGGUCUGGGUUGGGACCUUCGGAGCAGGUGGACCGAAGUUUCCGGCGGGUCCCGUUCCCGGCGCUCUUCCGCUCUUCACGGCUUUGGGUGGCCGCGUGACGUUCCUUUCGGCAAGACCACCGAUCUGGGAAAACCAGACCAGGCGGCUUCUGGUCGAUGACAUUGGCAUAGCGGAGGCGGUUGUGUUGCCCGGAUCUUUGAAGGCCGUUGCCCAGGUUCUCUUCGCGCCGGAGCAAGCUCGACAAGCGAUGGCAGAGCGUAAGACAGAGGUUUUCGGGCAAUUCGCAACUUUACAUCCUGAAGCCCGCUUCGUCUUCAUCGGGGACAGUGGUGAAGGGGACGUGGACUUUGCGGAGGAGUUUAUGGGCCAGGCUGGUGGACCUGCGCGGCGAGCAGCGCUGAUUCACGACGUGGUUAGGUCCGACGGUGUGGUGCCGAAGAGCUCCCAGCAGCGCCGAGCGGACCUCCGAAUGCGCGGCAUCCGCGUCUUCGACACCUACGCAGGUGCUGCUCUGGAGCUGUUUCAGCAAGGGCUGCUGGACAUGGAGGGUCUUCGGUGUGCCACCCAUGGUUGCCUGGAGGAGUUUGCCGAGAUCAAUCCAGAUGAGUUCGCUUCGGUUGAGGUCUUUGAGACCCGUCGCAUGGAGCUGCUGCGCGACGUCCGAGAGGUGAAUGCUGCCCUACGCGCAGCCGACGAAGGGGCGCAAGGCUGUGCAGAGCCUGCGGAGCCUUCCCAGCGCACGGCAAACGCGGCACCGCUGGACACGUUGGACACUUUCGCCGCCAGUCCCAGUCCAAGGGCUCUGCGCGAAGUUGAGGCCGAGGCGGCAACUGCCCAGGAGCUCCCGGUGGCAGAGGCCGCGAGUGCAAGGGAGCCGGAGCCGAAGGAGCCGAAGGAGCCGAAGGAGCAAGAGGAGCAAGAGGAGCAGGCGGAGGCGGGACAUGGCAGCUAUGGCAGCUUCACCUGCUUCAGGCUGACUCUGAGCAGUGAAGCAGAAGACGGGACCACGGCGUCACCGAGACCCGGCAGUGUGUUGGAUUGUUGGACGCACAAGCGGCAUCUCAAGGCGUUUCAGACAGCAAAGGAGGAGCGAAGGAUGCGAAGGAAAGUGAAGGAGAUCGAAGGAAAAGGUAAAGAAGCGAGAGAUCUCAAAGCUUCUUUCGUCGUUGCAAGCAACUUUGAAAAAGAAAGCUGCCAAAGGGAGCCCAGCAGCCGACGGCUCGACCUUAUCCAGGCAGCCUUCCGGCGAUUGGACCUUCAUGGUCAUGGCUGGGUCACCGUGCAGGACAUGGUGGCAGGACUGCAGCACUUCAGCAACAUGCCGCACAACGAGCGGCAGCGAGUACUGUUCGGCCUGUGUGGCCAAGGGUUGGACCCUAACACGCGUGUGUCCAUCGCCACCUUUGUGGGGUACUACCAGAUGCUGGGUGCCUCCAUUGAGCGCGAUCGAGAUUUUGAGGAUUUGCUUCGGCAUCAUUGGGGCUUUGCCGAGGUGGAGGGCUCGGACUCGGCGUCUCUGCGUUUCGGACGUCUUCAUCCUCUCGAGGUCUCCACAAUCUUAGAAGACAUGCGAGGCAAGUUCGCCAUGGUAGGGCUGGCAUAUGCAUUCCGCAAACACCUGGAGACCGGGGACUCCCAAUUAUCCCUGGAAGCCUUCCAGCAGGCUCAUGGAUGCCAUCGCAUGCAGUACAGCUCUGCGGACCUGCGCGGUGUCUUCGAAAGUCUUGGAAGUGGGGCGCAAUCUUUGGAGGUAUACAGGCUUGUGGAGCACGUUAUGCGUACUCCGCCGCCGGCAGCUGUGCCCCACGCGAUGCAGGCCCACACUGCAGGUCGAGGACGGGUCGGUGCCGGUGCGGGCGAGGCGUCCGUGGGCAAACUCUCAGCACAGCUGCCGCCGCCUACGGAAGCACCGGCGGAGGGUGGCAAGAUGGUGGCUGCCUCGGAGUACGGUGCCCCUCUUCCAGAAGCUCCGGCAGAGGACACGCACGGAUUGCUGGAAGAGAUGCUGGCGCCACCAGAGCGUGAUGAGUUCGGCAAGCUGCCGCUUGAGGACACAACUGAGGCACCUCCAGAGGAUGAUGACGGUUUGCUGGCUCCAGAGGAGACGGAUGGGGAUCAUUUGGAUGAAAUUCCUGAGGCGCCAAGGGAAGUGGGAAGCUACCAGAACCAACAGCACUACAGCGGUCACCACCAGUACGGCCAUCACGGACCCUAUGCCUCCCAACUUGCGAGCUACGGAUCCCACGGGCAUCAUGGGCCCUAUGCUCUUGCGAGUUAUGGCUCCCCAGGCAUGUAUGGUCAAGGUGCUCAUGGCAGCUAUGGUAGCUAUGGCAUGUACAGCGCGAAUGGGUUUCAGCAGCUGUACCAACCGUACAGCGGCUACACAUAUCACCUUUCAGGCCUUGGCAUGGCACCAAUGGCGCCUCAGCAUAGUCAGCACGUGCAAAUCUCCGGCGGUCAAGCCGGACAAACGACAUCUCCCAGCCACCAGGCUGCGCCGUCAGAGUCCAAGCCGGCGAAGCAGGAAACUGCAGUGAAACUUCACGUGUCUGGGCAGAGGCGGGCUGUAACCGUCGGGGUCAACUACAUCGGCACGGAGAACGAGCUCCGUGGUUGCAUCAACGACUCCGACACCUUCAUCACGCUCCUCACCGAGGACUUCGGCUUCAGCGUGUCGGACAUCCGUCAGCUCCGAGACGACCAUCCGCAGCGGAUGCCGACAAGAAAGAAUAUAUCCGCUGCCUUGCAGUGGCUGGUGAAGGGUGCUGCUGCAGGGGACCAUCUCUUGUUCCACUACAGCGGCCACGGUUCUCAAAGACGUGAUUCAAGUGGCGACGAGGCAGAUGGCAAAGACGAAACCAUCGUGCCUUGCGACUUCAACAGGUCUGGCAUGAUCGCUGAUGAUGAGCUCAGGAGAAUGCUUGUCGACGGGCUGCCAAAGGGUUGCCGCCUGACAGUGAUCAUGGACUGUUGUCACAGUGGGACAGGAAUGGACCUCAGCUAUAAGGCCAGAGUUCUGCACGACGGCUCUCUGACGAUCCGGGCAGUCUCGAGCAGGCGGAGGCAUCCGACGGGAGCUGAAGUUGUGCUGCUGUCAGGCUGUAGAGACGUCCAGACGAGCGCUGACAUCUCGGGGGGAGUCGCUGGAAACAAGGCCGCAGGUGCGAUGACUACGGCUUUCAGAAAGGUGAUUUCGAAGAAGAGAGACAUUUCGUAUCACCACCUUCUGCUUGAAAUGCGGAGCUUUCUCAAGCAGCAUAAUUUUGAUCAGGUGCCUCAGCUGUGCAUGGAGUUCCAUUUGAACUUUGAGGAGCCAUUCCUGCCCGAGGCAGACCCUCCUGUUGCACAGCCCCCUGCACCGCUUCGAAGUACACAGCGCCGCGCGUUGACUAUUGGCAUUAACUACUUUUCGUUGACCCCAGGUCAAGGACGGCUGUCAGGCUGCAUCAACGAUUCUGAGACCAUGAUCGCUGUCUUGAAGGAGACCUUCAAGUUCGAGGACGGCCAGAUUUGUCGACUGCGGGAUGACCGCACAAACAUGAUGCCGACGAAGGCCAACAUGCUAAAUGCCAUGCGUUGGCUAACCAAGGGAGUCGGAAGCGGAGACGAGCUGUUUCUGCACUACAGCGGUCAUGGUGGCCGCGCUGCCGAUCGGAGUGGAGAUGAAAUCACCGGCCAGGAUGACACCCUGAUUCCGUGCGACUUCCAGACUGCAGGGCAGAUCAGUGACGACGAUCUUCACAGCCUGCUGGUCGAGCACUUGCCAGAGGGCUGCCGCCUGUGGGUGAUCUUCGAUUGUUGCCACAGUGGGACAGCACUGGACCUUGCUUUCAAGGCGGCACCAGGGCUUGCCGCAAUGUCACUGGCCGCAUGA